GCAGGAAGUAGACUUGUGCACAACUCACAGUGAAAGAAGCAGUGUAAGAGAGAGAUAGCGAGAGAGAGACAGACAGACCGAGACACAAGAUAAACACUGUGAGAGUGACAGAUACAGCCAGAGACAGUGAGCAUGAAUACGCAGACUCUUGUGGCCAUGUUGGCCCUGGCCACUACUGCCACGGCUCACAGCAUCAGUUUCCCUGCGGGAGAUGAAGACCUGAGCGCCCAGCAGCAGCGCGGGCAGGAGCAGGACACCCGUGACUCCGCGCAAGACAACUUCCUGGCCGUGGGCGAGGGCUUCGUCAGCGACUUCAUGCCUGAGCUAGUGGAGGGCGAGGGCGCGCUGGAGGAGGACCAUCACCCCAUCCCAGACCGUGUGUUCGAGCCCAUCACGCCCACCGCUCCCAGCCGGGACCACCUUGCCGACAGCGCCGACCAUAACAUACGAGACGACGCCAACUUCACAAGCGCUCGGGAGCUGGCCAAGCUGAACAUCAUGGACCGCAUCCUGAUCGCCUUAGGGCCGCCCUUCGGAGAGAAACUACCCAAGGCUCCCACCAAUGACACCCUGGCCACUGUCUCCACCCCCAUCAACAUCACCGCUGAGCCCUGCCCUUACAAGUACAAGAGAUGUUCGUCUCAGACCUACUUCCCUUCGUGUGACAUCCCUCGCCACGCCGACCCGGAGAUCUGGCCUCAACGAUUCAAUCUCUUCUUCAAUAUUUCCGCCGACUUCGACAGCAGACUGGACGUGAUCAACGCUACCCUCCGACUCUUCAAGAACAACUCCCCGCCGCUCCAGUACCCCAAAACCUUGCUCAUCGAGGCUUUUGUCUACACGAAGAGCCUCACUCGUAAACGAUCCAGGAAGAACUUGGUGGCAGACGCCCAGGUGUCCAGCGAGUACCUGGGAUGGGUGUCUCUCCCCGUCGACUUGAUGGCGCACAGGUGGAAGCGACAGAGAAAUAACCACGGCCUCCUCAUCACAGUGAGCGACAUCGAUGACACCCCCUGGGACGCCCCCCGCCUCUUCGUCACCAUGGACUGCACAUCUGGUAAUUACAGUCAGGUACCGCUGCCUUUUGAGGUACAGACAGACGAAGAAAGUCAGCGCUACCCGGCCCUCAACGUCCGCCUGGGAAGCCCCGACGACGAAGGAGAGGCGGCCAACCAGCCAUCACCUAGCCCCAUGCCACAGCUGGAGGGGGUGACCAUGGACGUGCAGUCAGACGACCCCACCGCCUACGACUACUACGAGUAUGGCUCCGCCGUCCCCCAUCGCCACCCCUCCAUGCCCGGCCACUCGCCCACACACCAUCACAACCGCGCUUAUUCCAAUAAUUUAUCUCAUGGGAAAUCUCAGGAUAAAGUAAGUAGCAUAGCCGGAAGCGGACACAUUCACAGCAAUAAGCAGUUCUUGGGCAAUAACCAGGCCUUGGGUAGUAGUCACCCAAGUAACCCAGUGGGCAGCGGCCAUCCACUGAGCAGUAACCACCCACUAAACAGUAACCACCCAUUGAGCAGUAACCACCACCUAAACAUCAAUCACCCGAGUCAAACAAACCACCAAGCUAACCACGGUCACGCCAACAACUACUACCCUGACGCUCAUCAAGAUGAUUUUCAGGAGGAAGUAGACUCUGAGGUAAACCCAAGAGUGUACAGUACACAAGCGACCCUAACUGCCAUCAGUCGCAGCAUCAGUCUUGGAGAACGGGGGUCGUCAGAACGAGGGUUCUCAGGAGAGCGUGGUUCCUCAGGAGAGAGAGGGUCGUCGAGUCAGCCAACUGCCGCCACAGACGAGGGCCGCAGCCAGCGUCAACGAGGGACCAACAAAGAUAAGCGAUAUCGUAAGAAACAACGCACUCACCACCGUCGUGGCUAGGAGCGGCGCCCAGGCCUCCCCAGCAGCAGUGCGAGGCAGCCAGGCCCGCCUCCACACCCUCAGGAAGCCAGGAUCUGUUGGCGACAUUGUCGUUCAGUCCUAAACUACGUCCUACCUGAGUCCCGCCAUUGUACAUAGCGUUGCUGAUGCUCCAGUUCCUUGUCUCGCUUUAUUUAUGAGAGUGAGUGCGUCUUUUUUAUGAGUUAUGAGAGAAAACGUCUUUGUGUACACGUGGUGCUUACGCUCUGCACUAGGAGCUCUCUGUUCAUAAUAUGUGAAGGUGUGUACGCAUUUUUCCGUGUAUCAAGAGGCAGCGUCUGAGAGCCCGCCAUGGUGCCAAGCAAAGACCCGCAUCUCCGGGUAUAAUAUGUGGUGUAUGUGAGUGUGUGUGUGUGUGUUUGUAUAUAAGCGUGUGUGUGUGUGUUUGUAUAUAAGCGUGUGUGUGUGUGUUUGUAUAUAAGCGUGUGUGUGGGGCCGGGUUUCAUUAUCCUGUCACACCACAUGAGUAUGACCACAACCGGCUCGCCUUUGUCUUGUGGUAGAAUCGCAUUCCAAGUCAGUCUGUUCAAGUCAAUUCGUGUACCUUGACUAACAUGUGCCAUACGCCAAGUCAUAUAAUACUAAGAAGUUUUUUAACGGGCAAAAGUGUGGCAAGUAUGCUAAGUCGCAAGUGUUGAGCGACCAUGGCUGGCAGCGUGUUUAGCGUGAGCUCGCGCGCUAACGUAGGUGUGUGCAGGCCUCCGCGCCCGUACACCACCAGCCCGCCACUCUCACCCGCGCCCCGACUCUGCCCCUCCACCUUCCACCAACCUCACUUAUUUUUAUAGAUGUAAUUCCCCGGGUGUUCCGCAACCCACUACGCUACCUGUAACUUUAUUACUUGGAGGGUCAGUGUCCGGGGCGCUGGUGCCUGCCAUUACUCACCAUGUCCGUGUCCACCUGGAGGCUUCGCAGUGUCACCCACACCGCGAUGUUCCAUGUCCCCCCCAAGGCUAUAGGGCCCCCCAAGGCUAUAGGGCCCCCCAAGGCUAUAUGGCCCCCCAACGAUAAAGGGCCCUCAAGGCUAUAGGGCCCCCCAAGGCUAUAGGGCCCCCCAAG